AUGGAAUUUGAGUCACCAAAUAUACGACUUUCAGCAAGAAGUCAAAGUCGUUCUACUGAAGGUUCAGGGUCAGGUGGUCUGACACCGUCAAAUUCAUCGCAACAGUCGUCAAGUGCACAAGCCGUUCAGCACAGUCAACAUGUACCACCAAUGGGACAAUUGAGUGUUGCAUUACAACAAGCAACUGGUAUUGAAGCACAUUCAUCGAAUUUCCCAUUUAAUAAUUCAGAUUUAUUUUCAUCAUUUCCAACAAAUCCGAACUUAUUAUCUUAUCAAAUGCGACCGGAUCUGAUGGGAUUACCAGGAUUUCGGGCGCCGAAUGGUUCAACCAUGAAUUCGGUAUUUUUCUUCUCUUUCUUGAUCCAGUUUUUUUGA